ACGUUGAUCACAAAUGCAGGAAAAAAUUUAACGCUGUACAUCGGACAACUGAAUAACUCGGAUUCCUUUCAGGUCAUCAUAUUGUGGAGGCUAGCUACUACUGCUUCUAUUCCUACUACUACUCCUCCUACAGAUGUUACUACUACAACUCCUACUAUAGUAAUCCGGGAACGAUCGUUGGAUCUGUCUUCGGUGGGAUUGUCGUCCUUUUCACUAUCGUCAUUAUUAUCGCCAUAAUCAAAAAGAAACAAGCGCAGAGAAUGCAGCAGGUGAACACAGUCGCCAUGGUAACAACUGUAAACCAACUCCCGCCGCCAGGUCAAGGUUACGGAGGCCCCGGGAUGGCCCCGCCGUACAAUCAGAACCCAGGCUACCCUCCACCUGGCGCCACUUACCCACCGCCCCCUAUGCCCGGGGGUAGUCACCCACAACAAGGAUACCCACCACCAGCUUAUCCCCCACCAAAGUACUAGAUGUCGCGAAGAGGAGAACGUGGUUAUCAAUACACGCUAGGAUCCCACGAGGCGAUUAUGAAGUAAAUCGGAUUAAAACUUUUUGAAAAUGGAAUUAAAUUAGUUGCAAACGGCAACGAGUGGAGUUAUUUCGUGAAUCAGUCAGGUUCACUCCAGACAAAAUGUUGACAUCCUUAAUUUUUGGACUUUUGCUCCUGCUCAGCCUAAUAGGUCAACAUAUUGUGGAGGCUAGCUACUGUUACUAUUCCUACUACUACUACUCCUACAGAUGUUACUACUACAGCUACUAUAGCAGUGGGGGUUCAAUUGCUGGAUAUAUCAUCGGAGCGAUUGUUGUCAUCGUUGUUAUCGUCGUCGUUGUGAUUAUCAUCAAAAAGAAACAGGCGAUGAGAACGCGACAGGUGAACACUGUUGCCACGGUAACAACUGUACAUCACCAACCCCCGCCACCAGGUCAAGGUUACGGAGGCCCCGGGAUGGCUCCUCCGUACAAUCAGAACCCAGGCUACCCUCCACCUGGCGCCACUUACCCACCGCCCCCUAUGCCCGGGGGUGGUCACCCACAACAAGGAUACCCACCACCAGCUUAUCCCCCACCAAAGUACUAGAUGUCGUGAAGAAGAGAACAUGCAUGGUUACAUGUACAAAGUGCACGAUUUGGCUUCUCCGGAAUUUUUAUCUACUAUUUUUUGUUGGGUUUUUUUUUAUCUGAUGUUUUAUUUUGCCUCAGAAUUUAAAUUGAGGUAGUUUUGUUCUCAAGAUUUAUGGGGAAAUACCCUAUCUUCCUUAUUGUAUUUUAUUAUGAACAUAUGCAACUGCAAAAAUUCAUGGAAAUGGAGGUAAAACACUUCUAGGCUGCUUAUCAAUAUUGGUUGCUUCCUUUUGUUGUGUGUGUGUUUUGUUGGGGUAUUUUUAUUUUUUUUAUUGGGGGGGGGGGUAUUGUAGAAUAUGGAUACAGUAACUGAAAUAAAAGAUCAUCGUUU